UCCAAAAUGGUUUCCAACGAGUUCAUGUUUACAAUAUUCUACAUUUUGGUUGCCUUAUGCUUUAUAGCCCCUCCGAGGGAGUUUGUGAGCGCAGGAUUAACAGUACAGAAUCUUCUGUCGAAUUAUCUUGGCAGCGAAGACAUGGAUUUUACGAGUUAUCAUUUAAAACGUACAACAUGCACGGUUGUGUUGCAUUCGCUUUUACCAUUAGGUUAUUAUGUGGGACUCGGUUUGGUUUCAUUGUACAAUGAUUAUGAUAAUGGUCUCUACAUCCUUGACCCUGGAAGGGCUGGACUUGCUGUAAAUUGCUUUCUGUUGUUUUGUGUUGGUAUGGCAGCUUGUGGUUUUACAAUAGCAAGAUAUUGGUCAUGGAAUAACUGGAACAACCAUCCAUUCUGCAAAGUACUCUCUAAGCAUGGUGGGCCAUGGAGAGCUGUUGCUUCAUCAAUUAACAUAGAAUUCAGAAGAAUAAGCAAAUUCUCAUCUAUUAUUGGUGGCACAAGACUUUACAUUACAGAUUCAUGGAUUAUAAAGUGCACAACGUACAACAUACAUAUCGCUCAUAAACCYGAUGUUCACAUGACAAUCAUUGCAACAGAGGAUCAUGAUUUCUCACAUGAAAGCAACAUGGCUGUGCAAUAUUUAAAUAUUCAAGUUUCAAGCAUAAAUCCAUCUGUGAAGCCCUUCAUUAUAAGACUYUUAUCAACUGACUAUGGAGAUCUUAGGGAGAAAAUACAAGCUCCAAUUAGAAAUGCAAGAAACAUUAUUAUUCAUCAGUCAUUGACUGAYCGAUUUUUGGAGGCUUUUAGAGAACAGGUGGAACUGAAUGAAAAAUUCUUCUUGGCUGAAACAGAUGAGGAACCAGAACCCUGCAUUGGCUGUAUGCAACAAGCCUCYAACAUCAAACUCCAAAAAGUUUGUGCUCCAUCUGAUGAAGGAGACUGUGUCACAUGUUUUUGUAGRCCCAUGUGGUGUUUGGAGUGUAUGGGAAAGUGGUUUGCAAGUCGUCAGGACCAAACAAGGCCAGAUACUUGGCUGUCUAGUACAUCACCAUGUCCCACUUGUAGAUCUCAUUUUUGUAUGCUAGACGUUUGUGUAGUGUCACGAAGAUAAGCCUAUUCUAAAUCUCAGAUUUGGCAUAUAAAAAAACUAUAAAUAGAGCAUCGAAYAAAGAACAGUARCCUGACGAUUGCACAUAAAUGAAAUGUAAAUUAUUAAAGAUCUUCUUUAUUGUC